AUGAAGUAUAAAGGUCAUAAAGCGACGUUAAGGGCCAUACUCAAGUUUCUAGUUGUCAAUAUAGUUUUGGCGAAAGCGACGUCACCGCUGUGUCCCAAAGGGACGUAUAAGUCGUCGUUCACGGACGACUGUUCCAUCUGCCCUCCAGACAGCAAAAACAACUGUAAAGGCGAAGGAGCAGACACUGGGUCGUGUGAACAAGCUUGUAUUGAAGGUGAGUAAUAUUAAGCAGUAUUCUCGAGGUUUUUAACGCACAAUAUAUUAAGUGCUUUGAAUUUAUAAUGUGUGAUGCCGAUAUUGAGGGUGCUAGUUAUCUUUGGAUAUGAAUUAUCGACGAAAUAACCACGUUCAACUUACCACAAUAUAACGUAUGAAAGUUAUUCACAUUUUAUUUCUAAUUUAAAUGGUUUCUAAAGCAAAAACUUGGUAUAAACCAUAUUAACUCUACACUGGGAAAGCCCCUACUCUUGGGAAGCCGCUUAACCGCAAGCAAAUUCUGCCCACCAAUUUAUAGGCGAUGCCUGCGAGCUAUGCUGCGAGGCACUAUAACUGGCGCUGAUCUAAAAAUAGUAAAAAUACGAAAAAUACUGAAGGUCCUUUGUUUGUCAACGUAAUAGUGGAUAUUCUGGAAAUCGAUUGAAUUGUUCUAAAGUAAAUCUUUCAUUCAUUGUCUAAAAUUUUGUAACUUUCUGCUAAUUAAUAUAUUUCUUUUUUUAGAUAUCAAUGAAUGUUUGACCAGACCAUGCCAUCCCAACGCCAAUUGUACCAACACUGAAGGUUCUCACGACUGUAAAUGUAACUUUGGGUUUUCUGGGAAUGGAGUGAAUUGUACAAGUGAGUACAUAUAUACGGUUUGAAGGAGUACACUAAGCAAAAACUGAUUUCACUUCACAAUGUUUAUAAGAUUCUGUUGAUUGCAUGAGAUCAAUGUACCAGUGAAUUAUUAUCAUCAUUGGUAUAUUGUUUCUUGUUUUCUAGACAUUGAUGAAUGUCUGAGCAAACCUUGCCAUGUCAAUGCCAGCUGUACUGACAGUGAAGGUUCUUAUGGCUGUCAAUGUAAUCCUGGGUUUUCUGGCAAUGGAUUUUCAAAGUGUACAAAUAAGUGUCAAACAAUGUGCAAUCUGGCUUUUUAGUUUUCUUUCUUAUUAUUACAAGUGAGUACAUAUAUACGGUUUGAAGGAGUACAAGUGAGUACAUAUAUACGGUUUGAAGGAGUACACUAAGCAAAAACUGAUUUCACUUUCACAAUGUUUAUAAGAUUCUGUUGAUUGCAUGAGAUCAAUGUACCAGUGAAUUAUUAUCAUCAUUGGUAUAUUGUUUCUUGUUUUCUAGACAUUGAUGAAUGUCUGAGCAAACCUUGCCAUGUCAAUGCCAGCUGUACUGACAGUGAAGGUUCUUAUGGCUGUCAAUGUAAUCCUGGGUUUUCUGGCAAUGGAUUUUCAAAGUGUACAAAUAAGUGUCAAACAAUGUGCAAUCUGGCUUUUUAGUUUUCUUUCUUAUUAUUACAAGUGAGUACAUAUAUACGGUUUGAAGGAGUACAAGUGAGUACAUAUAUACGGUUUGAAGGAGUACACUAAGCAAAAACUGAUUUCACUUUCACAAUGUUUAUAAGAUUCUGUUGAUUGCAUGAGAUCAAUGUACCAGUGAAUUAUUAUCAUCAUUGGUAUAUUGUUUCUUGUUUUCUAGACAUUGAUGAAUGUCUGAGCAAACCUUGCCAUGUCAAUGCCAGCUGUACUGACAGUGAAGGUUCUUAUGGCUGUCAAUGUAAUCCUGGGUUUUCUGGCAAUGGAUUUUCAAAGUGUACAAAUAAGUGUCAAACAAUGUGCAAUCUGGCUUUUUAGUUUUCUUUCUUAUUAUUACAAGUGAGUACAUAUAUACGGUUUGAAGGAGUACAAGUGAGUACAUAUAUACGGUUUGAAGGAGUACACUAAGCAAAAACUGAUUUCACUUUCACAAUGUUUAUAAGAUUCUGUUGAUUGCAUGAGAUCAAUGUACCAGUGAAUUAUUAUCAUCAUUGGUAUAUUGUUUCUUGUUUUCUAGACAUUGAUGAAUGUCUGAGCAAACCUUGCCAUGUCAAUGCCAGCUGUACUGACAGUGAAGGUUCUUAUGGCUGUCAAUGUAAUCCUGGGUUUUCUGGCAAUGGAUUUUCAAAGUGUACAAGUAAGUGUCAAACAAUGUGCAAUCUGGCUUUUUAGUUUUCUUUCUUUUACAAUAUUUUUUUUUCAUUUUCUUCUUUCAGAUAUUGAUGAAUGUUUAAUUGUUUUGUGUCAUGUAAAUGCAGACUGUUUGGAUACUCCUGGAUCAUACAUUUGUCGUUGUAAAACUGGAUUCAAUGGGAAUGGAACUUUCUGUGAAAGUAAGCAACUACAUAUAUGUGGAAAUAGGACAACCUUUCUAUAAAGUUUUAUACUCCCUUUAUUCUUCCUAUAUUUUUGACGUUCACUUUUUGCCAUUUGCUAGCAUUUUUUUGCUCUUUAUCUCGUAGAUGAUUCAUCUGACCAAAGCGGUAUGAACCUAGCUUUGGCUAUUGGAAUUCCAAUGAUCACUCUGAUACCUCUUCUACUCUUAUUGGCAUGUUAUUGUCACAGAACUAAUAAAAGAUGUCGUGCCGCUCGUUUUCCCAGAGAACAUGAAGAAUCUGUCGAAAUGGAAACCAUGAGGGGUCCAAAUGAGAACCAACUAUUGUCACAACCACCACCAGCAGCAGAUGAACUACAAUACAAUGGUGCAGGGACCGCACUUGAUUUGAACAAAGAUAAUCAAGGAUCUUCUUUGUUAAUCGAUUGUCAAUGA